AUGAUAUGGUCUUCUAAUACGUCAAGAUCAGUACAGAACCCAAUUGCACAACUUUUGGACUCGGGAAAUUUUGUUGUGAGAAACGCAAAUGAUGAUAACCCACAGAAUUUUCUUUGGCAGAGUUUUGAUUAUCCAGGUGACACGCUUUUACCAGAUAUGAAGCUAGGAAGGAACUUGUUAACUGGUCUAGAUUGGUACUUGUCAUCGUGGGAGAGCAUCAACGAUCCAGCUCAAGGUGAUUAUACGUUCAGGAUGGAUACUCGUGGAUAUCCACAAUUGAUUGUCAGCAACGUUACUACUGAGACGUACAGGACUGGACCUUGGAACGGUCUCCGAUUUAGUGGGACAUUAAACCUGAAACAAAACACCAUCUUUGAAUUCAAUUUUACUUUUAAUGAAGAGGAGGUGUAUUAUGGUUACGAGCUUCUCAACAGUGCAGUUAUUUCGAGUGGCUAUAUGUCUCCAGAGUACGCAGUGCAUGGGUAUUUCUCAGUAAAAUCGGGUGUAUUUAGCUUUGGUGUUUUGGUGCUGGAGAUUAUUAGUGGGAAGAAAAACAGAGGUUUCGUUCAUGUAGACUACCAUCACAACCUUCUUGGGCACGCGUGGAUUCUCUAUAGAGAAGGAAGGUCAAUAGAACUAAUUGAUGCAUCUCUAAGGAACUCAAGUUAUCUAUCUAAAAUACUAAGAUCAAUCCAUGUAAGUCUAUUAUGUGUGCAACAGUGUCUAGAAGAUAGGUCGAAUAUGUCAUCAGUGAUUCUGAUGUUGGAUGGUGAGGGUGCAUUGCCUCGGCCUAAACAGCCUGAUUUUUUCGCAAAAACGAAUCUAGGUGAUGCUGAUUGUUCAACAAGUAAGGAUGCAUUGAGUUCAACCAAUGAAGUCACUAUUAUGUUGCUAGACGGUCGAUAG